AUUUAAAUGAGUAGGUCAACUCUCCCUCUUACUAUAGCAAGUUAGCAACAUACUUGAAUUCUCUAAACACAAACAAAGAAGAAAAAUGGCAGCACAAGGAACAUGCCUUAAUCACGUCUCCCGAGAAUCCUCUGAUAUCAAUCGCCUAGCCCAAUUUUACAUUGAGAUAUUUGAGUUUGAGAAAGUUGAAGCUCCAAGAUUUGAAUUUGAUGUGAUAUGGUUGAAGCUGGCACCAGCUUUCUAUCUUCACCUUAUCGAGAGAGAUCCGACUACGAAGCUUCCCGAAGGUCCAUGGAGUGCCACGUCAGCCGUCGCCGACCCGAAGAAUCUGCCCAGAGGUCACCAUGUCUGCUUCACCAUCUCCAAUUUCGAUUCUUUUGUUCAGAAACUCAAGGAGAAAGGAAUUGAAGUUCAGGAGUGGACUCAACCAGAUGGCAAGACCAAACAAGCCUUUUUCUUUGAUCCAGAUGGAAAUGGUUUGGAGGUAAGCAAUGGGGCUCCUGCCUCCUGAACAGCGAUUAAACUCUUGGUGUCCCGCAUACCUGUUAGCCGUAAGUUUUGAGUAUAAUAAACCCACAGGUCUCGGAAAACAUUAGCUCGGAUGAUGACCUUGUGUAAAUUUGUUAUUGGUAUGAAAUAUUGUGUCGUUUAGUUAUGCUGUCUCCUUGCAAUUGCCUCCAAGUAGCUUGUACUCUGAUUGUUGCCAAAUUGAUAGCAUAAGGACUGUCUGUAUGUAUGUAGAUUGAUCUCUCAAUAAGACAAUACUAGUGGAGUUAGUUGU